AAUCAUUUACUUCCGUAGGAGUGAGGUUUCACGUGGAGAGCGAAACUGACUUAACUUAGAAAAAACAAUUCCAGAGGUUGUCCUGAAAUACAAAAGGCUUAGGCUGUGGGUAUUUUGAUGUGCAUCGGCUGAAAACGGUUUAACUUCAGAAUGACAUCUGGAAAUAGCCUGGAUGAUGAGGACACUUUCAAGAUUUUAAUAGCUACUGACAUUCAUCUUGGCUACAUGGAGAAAGAUGCGAUCCGGGGAAAUGAUACCUUUGUGACGUUUAAUGAAAUUUUAAAUUGUGCAAAAGAGAAUGAAGUUGAUUUUAUAUUGCUGGGUGGUGACCUGUUUCAUGACAACAAACCGUCUCGAAAGACCUUGCACAGCUGCAUGGAGAUCCUCCGGAGAUACUGCAUGGGUGACCGACCCAUACUCUUUGAAAUCCUGAGUGAUCAGGCCGUCAACUUUUCUAAUAGCAGGUUUCCAUGGGUUAACUAUCAAGAUGGGAAUCUAAACAUCUCCAUUCCAGUGUUCAGUGUGCAUGGCAACCAUGAUGAUCCCACAGGGGCAGAUGGGUUGUGUGCAUUAGACCUCUUGAGCUGUGCUGGGCUGGUUAAUCACUUUGGCUACUCUAAGUCUGUGGAGAAGAUUGAAAUAAGCCCAAUUCUGCUGCAGAAAGGAAACUCAAAGAUAGCACUUUAUGGCAUCGGCUCCAUUCCCGAUGAGAGGCUUUACAGGAUGUUUAUCAAUAACCAGGUGGUCAUGCUUCGACCCAGGGAGGAUGAAAAUAGCUGGUUUAACCUGUUUGUUAUUCACCAGAAUAGGAGCAAACAUGGUGCCACGAAUUACAUCCCCGAGCAGUUUCUAGACGACUUCCUGGACUUAGUGGUGUGGGGCCACGAGCACGAGUGUAAAAUCUCACCCGUUCGCAACGAGCAGCAGCUGUUCUAUGUCACGCAGCCUGGCAGCUCUGUGGUCACCUCCCUGUCCCCAGGAGAGGCGGAGAAGAAGCAUGUGGGUCUGCUGCGAGUGAAGGGAAAGAAAAUGAACCUGCAGAAGAUCCCUCUCCAGACUGUGCGUCAAUUCUUCAUCCAGGAUGUGGUACUGGCGGACCACAGUAGCCUCUUCAACCCUGACCACCCCAAAGUCACACAGAAAAUCGAGACUUUCUGCAUCGCAAAGGUUGAAGAAAUGCUUGAUGAGGCUGAACGAGAGCGAAUUGGGAAUUCCCACAUUCCAGACAAACCUCUCAUUCGGCUGAGGGUUGACUACAGUGGAGGAUUUGAACCAUUCAACACAAUGCGUUUCAGGCAGAAGUUUGUGGACCGUGUGGCAAAUCCUAAAGACAUUAUUCACUUCUUCAGGCACAGAGAUGCAAAGGAUGGAAAAGGAGAUGAGAAUAUAAACUUUGACCAGCUUGUGAGCAGGACCUCUUCGGAAGUAAUGCAGCUGAGAGUGGAGGACUUGGUGAAACAGUACCUUGAAACAGCAGAGAGAAAUGUGCAGCUCUCACUGCUGACAGAGCAGGGGAUGGGCAAAGCAGUCCAGGAAUUUGUGGACAAAGAGGAGAAGGAUGCCAUCGAGGAGCUGGUCAACUUCCAACUGGAGAAAACACAGCGCCUCCUGAAGGAACGCCAGGUGGAGGCCGUGGAGGAAAAGAUUGAUGAGGAGAUUCGCUGUUUGAGAGAAUCAAAGAAGAAUACUGCCGAGGAGGACGAGGAAGUACAAGAGGCUAUUAGUAGGGCUAAAGCACACCGCACUCGGGAAGAGAGACCGUCCAUGUCCACAUUCCUGGAUGACGAGAUGGAACUGUUCGGAGACCCCACUGGCCAAGACUCUGAUGACAGCAUCUCCCCACCUCCUCCCCCAUCCCGUGGCAGGGGGAGAGGUCGUGCACGAGGUGCUAAGGAUCAGAGUUCAGCCACCAGAGGAACCUCAAGAAGAGGGAGAGGAGCUGGGGUUCAGUCUGAACCAAAAAAUUCUGGCCGAGGACGUUCAUUCAAGAACCCCGUCAUCAGCCCCACUAAGAACAUGUCAAUCAUGGACGCUUUCCUUUCCCGUUCCCAAAGACCUUCUAGAAGUUCAGCUCCCAAAAAACUAUCGGAAGAGAUUGUAAUUGAUGAUGACUCAGAUGAAGAUGUGUCUUUUUCCAAGCCAGCUCAACCAUCCAAGCCCAGUCAGAGAGUUUCCAGCCUAUCAUCAGCAUCGUCUAGCAGGAGGGGAUCUCAGAACCAGUCAUUGGGGGGAGUGUGUUUUGAAGAUGAUGAUGAUGAGGAGGAGUACAACCCCUUCAAGAGCUCUAGCAGCUCCAGCACCAGAGGCCGGAGAUAGCUGUCAUCAAACCUUCUGCCUUGCCAGGAGAACCACAUCAUAGCUGACCUGGUGUUCAAUUGUUUGUUUUUUUAAUGUCUUUUAUUUCCCUCCCCAAGAUUCUACUCUUCAUGCGUCUCUGGUCAUUCAUGUUGUGGGACAGUUGACGUAUGAAGUUAAAAAAACUGCAUCUAGCUGGACAUCGUGAGGGGUAUCAGGCAUGUUCUCGACUACCAUCUGUUCACUUUCUUUUAUUAAGUUCCUUGAGCUCUCCCCAGUAACACUCAAAAUAGGAUUUAGACUGUAGCUAAUUCCUUUUAGCUAAGAUAUUUGUUCUUGCUCCUGAAGUAGCAGCCUUUGGUUAACUCAUAGAAGUUCAAAAACAUUUCUUACUUCUUUUAGGUUCUUAGAAAAUUUAAUUUGAAUUACCUCAGAGUGUUUGGUACUUUGAUAUUGAUCAAAUAUGGCUGACAUUCCUCUGAAUUAUUUGACUUGCAGUUCACGGUAGUUUCUUGUUGACAUCACAUCACACAACUACUAACACUGAUUAACUUUGUAAUUAGUAGAAAGUUGGUGCACAUAUGACCUAAUUACAGAUACAGAGUGAUAUAUUGUAUGUUAAUAUAAAUUGGCACAAUAGGUUUUUGUGUUGUUGGGAUUUGGUAAAGAUACUGUUUGCUUAUUACCUUUGCAUAUGGAUAUCAUCAGUGCAUUCAUCAGAGCUUCUAAAUAUCACAGCCUCUUUAGUCUAAAGGUUACUGCCUUUUAUUGUUUGAAGUGUAUUACUUAAGACUUUGUCAUAGUCUUUGAGAGAAAUGAUGUUGUCCUAAUAAACAAGUACAAAGGCAAAUAUGUUAACAAUAUUUAUAUUAAUACAAUGCUUAAAAAUGUUGUCUCGUUUUCUGAAAUGAGUUGGUUUCAGUGUAGGAACAGCCAUGCAAGGCAAGUCAAUGCCAUAGAAGAAGGUAAUUAGGCUCUUGGGUUCAACUACUUAAGGCAGGUAGGGAACGUUAUUAUUAUUUUGUUCAGCCAAUGCUUUUGUCACCUGUAGACUCUUAUAUAGCAGAGUAUUUUACUGGAGCAAUUUAAGUGAAGUACCUUGCUCAAGGGCUUAACAGUAGUGCCUCACCUGGAAGUUGAACCCACAACCUUCCAGUUAGUUCCAGCCCCCUACUUACCCCGAUGUUGUGAGUCUGUUGUAAGUCUGCUCUAACUUUUUUUUUGCAGUUAUUGCUUUAAACUGGAAAAUAACACAAGGAGGUUGUAGAACAUGUCUGAUUGUAAUGUGUACACAGCAAUUUCAAGGUUAUAGUUUCUUUAAAAACAAAAAAUGCAAAUUAUAUUUCACAAAGCUGCAGUGGGGGCAUGGAAGAUAAAACUGGCAUUAAGCAGGCAUUUUUCUGACAAUUAUGCAUCACAGUCACUCAUCUUGCUUGACUUUUCCUCACCAUGAUCCCCUUGAGUAAUUCCAUUGGGCUUUGCAAAUUACAGCAAUGGCAUAAUUUCUAGCACUGACAUCCGUUUACAAAGAAUAAUAUACAAUGUAAUUCGUGUGGCUUUUCUGAAGUACAGAAAUAUAAUUUCCCUAAGGUUUUUAUCAUUAGAAUUAUUUUGUUUCCAUGUCUCUUUGUCUAUUUGGCAUAGCAGGCUGGCACCUGUAAUUAAACCUUUUGUUGGUUUUCAGUGGAUAGUGUCUAGUUGUAGAUGCUUCUCUCUGCUGUCAUCUGAGAGCUUUCAUGCUCUUCAAGUGAUGACAAAGAAUUUUCAAAAUUAGACACCACAUUCCUUCUGCAUGUUGAAUGUUUCUUCUGUUAGCUGUUCUUUUUUUAAAAGCAGAAUGUGGUUGUGCUGCCUUCUUUACCAGUUAUGAGUGCUGUAAUUAAGGCUGUUUGCAAAGGGUGGUAUUGUUACUUUCAUUGAUUGAGUCUUUCUUGUCAGAAGAAUGAUUAUAUAAAAUAUGUGCAUUUACAGGUUUAUUAAAAGAUUUUUUGUACUCCAAAAAGGCAAGUGUAAUUUCUUGGUUAACAGUUCCUGUUCAAUAUUAAGCUACAGCCAGGAUUCUGUAAGCUUUUUCAGUCCAGCUUUGGAGAGAUACAGUACAGACCAGGUGUUUGAGGUUGCUGUUGAAUUAGUCAGACAGUAGUAAAAAGCAUGUGCGACCAGUAUCUUUCAUUAAUUGACCCUGUUCAGACAGCGAGCACCACAAUUCGAAAAAGCAUUAGAAUUUAAUUUCUCACUUCUUGAACGACUGCAAUUAGUUACUUUUUAACAGGUUUGUUUCACUGACCCUUUCAAUUAAGCCCCCUUAAUGCAAAUGUGCAAUUAGGUCUGUUCAUUCAUUCUGUAUUUUACUUGUUCAAAACUGUAUCUU